UUCAACCAAUUCAUGCACAAUUUUUGUAGUUGUCAUUCCGAGGACUGCGAAUAUUAUUAACAUUUAAACAAAUAUUGGCCUUUUAAAUUUUUGAAAAAUGCCGGACUACUUGGGAGGUGAUAUGAGAAAGGUGAAGGAAGAAGAAAAGGAGGAAGAGAAAGAAGUAAAAGCACUUGACGAAGCAGACAUUGCCCUCCUUAAGAGCUACGGCCAGGGGCAGUAUACCAAGAGCAUCAAGACUGUGGAAGCAGACACUCAAGCCACCAUCAAGAGGGUCAAUGAAUUGAGUGGAAUCAAAGAGUCUGACACUGGCCUUGCUCCUCCAGCACUCUGGGACUUGGCAGCUGACAAGCAAACCCUGCAGAAUGAGCAGCCUUUGCAGGUGGCACGAUGCACGAAAAUCAUCAAUGCCGACUCUGACGACCCAAAAUACAUUAUCAACGUCAAGCAAUUUGCAAAGUUUGUUGUUGACCUUGCGGAUACUGUCGCUCCCACUGACAUCGAAGAGGGAAUGCGAGUUGGCGUUGAUCGCAACAAAUACCAGAUCCACAUUCCUCUGCCACCUAAAAUUGACCCCACAGUUACGAUGAUGCAAGUCGAGGAAAAGCCUGAUGUCACCUACAGCGAUGUUGGUGGCUGCAAAGAACAAAUCGACAAGCUACGAGAAGUCGUGGAGACUCCUCUUCUCCACCCUGAGAAGUUCGUCAACCUUGGAAUUGAGCCUCCGAAGGGUGUGUUGUUGUUUGGACCUCCUGGCACUGGCAAAACGUUGUGCGCUAGGGCUGUAGCUAACAGAACGGACGCCUGCUUCAUUCGUGUAAUUGGGUCUGAACUUGUGCAGAAGUAUGUUGGCGAGGGAGCCAGGAUGGUACGAGAGCUUUUUGAAAUGGCCAGGAGCAAAAAGGCAUGUUUGAUCUUCUUUGACGAAAUCGACGCCAUUGGAGGCGCCAGAUUUGAUGAUGGAGCAGGCGGUGACAAUGAAGUGCAGAGAACUAUGCUGGAAUUGAUCAACCAGCUGGACGGUUUCGACCCCAGAGGUAACAUCAAGGUCCUCAUGGCUACAAACCGACCGGACACCCUUGACCCUGCCCUCAUGCGGCCUGGCCGUCUUGACCGCAAGGUGGAAUUUGGUCUGCCUGAUAUGGAGGGAAGAACUCACAUUUUCAAAAUUCACGCUCGUUCCAUGAGUGUGGAGCGAGAUAUCAGAUUUGAAUUGCUCGCACGUCUAUGUCCCAACAGCACAGGUGCUGAAAUUAGGUCUGUGUGCACUGAGGCUGGAAUGUUUGCCAUCCGUGCCCGCCGCAAGGUUGCAACUGAGAAAGAUUUCUUGGAGGCUGUAAACAAAGUCAUCAAGUCUUACGCCAAGUUCUCCGCCACCCCGAGAUAUAUGACUUACAACUAAGCUGCUUUAAGUGGCAAUAUUUCGUGUUAUUUUGAUUAAUAAAAUUAAGGCUUAAAUUUAAAAA